CCACCCCUCCGCAAGCUCUCUCCGUGAGCGAGCUACAGCAAAUAACUGAUGACAUUUCCACACUGUCCAUUGUGCACGAAACUGUUAUCAACAGUGACUUCAAACUGCAAGCAGCCAGCCUCUCCCCAGACAGCCUGGAAAGCAGAGUGAAGGACACCUUGCACAAAGCCUUCUGGGACAGCCUGGAGGAACAGCUCUCUGCUACUCUCCCCAGCUACACCCAGGCAAUCCACCUGCUGCAGGAGAUCAAGGAGGGUCUGCUGUCACUGCUGCUGCCGUGGCACAAGGGGCUCUGAAGUGAGAUUGAAGAGGCCUUGGACAUGGAGUUGUUUAGAGAGGAGGCUGAGCAUGGGGCUCUGGGUACCCACGGUCUCACCACGUACGUCCUUGGCACAAUGGCAAGGCUGUGUGCACCCAUUUGGGAUGAGGAGGUACAAGGGUCACAGAGCAUCACAGACCCAGCUCAAGUUCUCAGGCGGGUGAUGCUGACUCUGCCUUGAUUUUUCCAGGUGUUGGGCCUGAUGAAAAUGGAUAUGCUGAAUUUUACCAUCCAGAACCUUUGCACCCAUUUGCAAGACCAGGCCAUCCAGUAUGAACAGAAGAAAUUCCAGAAACUCUUGGAUAAGCUGCCUGAUGGCCUGGUUUACACCAGAGAGUGGCUGUGCAAAGCAGCAGCAGAGGUGUCUGUGUCCUCUUUGCAGCCACCGGCCCUCCAUGCAGUCUGUGACUUACCUGCCACACGCUCGCGAGGGGCUGGCAGCAACAACACAACUGUGCCAAGCCUCAGGUCCGUGCUCAGUCGAGGAUAUGUGAAUCUGCUCUGCUGGGAGCUUGGGCAAAAGGAAUACCCUGAGACACUGCUGAUGGAUCAGGCUGGACUGCAGGAUGUACAAGUGCAGGUGAAGCAGCUUGCCAUCAUAGCUGCUGUCCUGCUAGUGACCACUGGCAUGUGUGGAAGUACCUGUGGCUCACCUGGGUUUGUAGCUAGGCUGAAAUGGACCCUCUUGGAAGGGCUGUCUUGUACCAGGUAGCAAGAAACAUUGGAAGACUUCAGUGACCAAGUGCUCCAGGAGGUCACCAGGAUGCACUCACAGCUGGGUUACAGCAUCGCAGAUGGUGGCAACGCAGUCCGGUGUGUCUUUGAACAGCGGAUUCCUUCCUUCCUCAGCCUUUUCAUUGCCUCUGACGGACAGAAUUCCCAAAAAGAUUUCGCAAAGGGCCUUGAUGUCAUUCACAAAGAGCUGCUGGAAGUUGGGUGCAGGUUUGGAAGAGUGACCCACUACAACAGGGAGGUGUUUGGACCGUACUGCUCAGGAAUUCUCAAGGAAGUGCUUCUCCCACAUGCAGAACCAGACUCGGAUGCAGAGCUGGAUCCUUUCUGA